GCCCAGUAAUCGAGAUUGACAGCUGCCGGUGCAUCUUGUAAACGUUUGAACGUUUGAACGCAGCAUCACCUUCUAUCUAUUGGAUCUAGGACACGUGUACCUUACGGUGAUUGGGCUGAAGUGAAAAUGAAAGUGGUUUUGGUGUUUUGUGUUCUGGCUGUUGGUGCAAUUUGGGCGGCACCUCAGGGGAAUCCCGCCGAUGCACAGAUUUUGAAGUACGAAAGUGAUAACAUCGGCAUCGACGGGUAUAGUUUCCAAUUCGAGACAAGUGAUGGAACGUCCCGAUCGGAACAAGCUGAGCUACGAAAUGCUGGAACCGAUGCCGCCUCGAUUGUGGUCCGGGGAUCGUACUCAUACAUCGGCCCUGACGGAACUCAGUACGUGAUCAACUAUGUUGCUGACGAAAAUGGCUUCCAACCGGAAGGCGCCCACAUACCAAAAUAAUAAAAAAAAAGUUGAAAUUUAAGGUCCUCAUUUAAAAAUCAAGAUACUCAACAGGCUGAGCUUAGGAAUAAUUGAAGAAUAAAUAGUACCUAGUAUGUGGGAUGUUACCAAAUAAAAUAGUGAA